AUCAACAAAGGAGAGAAAGAGACAGAACAGAGACAGAGAAGGAAGAAGCAAAGGAAGGAAGGAAGGAAAGAAGGAGUCCACAGAAACAAGAGAAACUGAAAGAAGAGAAGCAACAGAACCAGAAGCAGCAGAAACAAGAAAUGAGGAUUUAAGCUCCGAAGCAGUGUGAUUACUGUGUGAAAGUCGACUUCACCUCCUGAGCCACAACGGAGACAUGGACGCCUACAAGCUGAUGAAGGAGCUGCGGGUGAAUUACGAGCAGGAGGUUUUUUAUCUGCCCAAAGAAACGGGACUGGUCCUCAUCGAGUCCUCCACCCGGGACGACAGUCGGAUCUCGGCGAAGUGCAGAGAUGUCCAAGUGGAGGACCUGUGGAGUCUCACCAGCUUCUUCGGUUACAGCACGCAGACCUUCGUCCUGGCGGUGAACCUGCUGGACAGAUUCCUGGCCUUGAUGAGGAUCCAGCCGAAGCACCUGUCCUGCGUCAGCCUCAGCUGCCUCCACAUGGCGGCCAAGGUGACGGAGGAGGAGUGCGACGUGACGUCCAGCGACGAGCUCAUCCGCAUCGGGCAGUGCAGGUUCUCCGUGUCCGACCUCUGCCGCAUGGAGAAGAUCGUCUCCGAGAAGCUCGACUUCAAGUCCAAAGCCAUCACUGCCUUAACCUUCCUGCAGCUGUACCAUCAGAUCGCCCUCUCGCACUCCACGGACAGGAAGGAGACCCUGAGCCUGGAGAAGCUGGAGGCUCAGCUCAAAGCCUGUCUGUGCCGAAUCGCCUUCUCCAAAGCAAAGCCGUCCGUCUUGGCCCUGUCGCUCCUGAGGCAGCAGAUCGCAGCCGUGCAGUCGGAGGACAUGUUGGAGAUCGCCUCUCACAUCCAGAGACACUUGAAGAUUGCCGACGGCGAGCUGCGGCUGUGGAGCGAGCGCGUGGCUCAGUGUCUGUCGGACUACGCCUCGCCCGAGUGCAGCAAGCCCAACCACAGGAAGCUGCAGUGGAUCGUGUCGCGGCGGACCGCCCAGAACCUGCACGCCACCCGCAGCGCGCCCGAGCUGCCCACCAUCCCCGAGGGGGGGUGGGACGAGAGCGAGAGCGAGGACUCGUGUGAGGACGUGAUGAGUUCAGGUGAGGAGUCUCUCAGCAGCUCGCUGGGCAGCGACGCCGAGGGGCCGUACUUCCCUCUGCACUACCGCCAGCAGAAAGACCGGGACCACCGCCUCGCCUGAAGCCGCCCGUGCCGAACCCCC